UACUUCUGUACUUGUACUAAUUUUGUACUGUAUGUCCCUCGUCAUUCGCCGUACUGACGUCAUCAACUGGGGCCGCGUCUGGCAGCGUGAAGAAGACCAGGAGCUCCUCUGGAUGUCUGACCUUCUCAUUUCGAACUUGUUCACUUUAACUGGCAGAUGAAGGCGGAGAGCUGUUAGCUUAGCAUUAGCACGAUGUCAAAACGAAGCGACUGACGACUCUUCUCUCGGUCCACUUUAGUAGAAGAAGAACAGGUAGAAAAAAAAAUGUCUGUCAAGCAGGCGUCGGUCCACGCCAAGUGGAUCAUCGGGAGAGUAAUCGGAACCAAGAUGAGGAAGACUGCGAAAGUGCGCGUCACCAGACUUGUUCUCGACCCAUACUUGCUCAAGUAUUACAACCGCAGGAAGACGUACUUCGCCCACGACGCGCUCCAGCAGUGCACGGUGGGCGACGUGGUGCUGCUCAAGGCACUGCCCGAGCCGCGCUCCAAACACGUCAAACACGAGCUGGACCGGGUGGUCUACAAGGUGGGUCGGGUGGUGGACCCGCUGACGGGGAAGCGGGUCGCCGGCGCCGACUUCCUGGAGCCGCUGGACGACCUUCGCGGCGAAUGCGGGACUUUGCUUGAGAAACUGCAGAGCUUGAACAUCUCGGCCGAGGCGUCACCAUAACUUCGAUAUUUGUGCGUGAAUUUCACGCCGGUCCCUGGUGGCCUGGACGUGUCUCGCACAGGUGACUUUUGGUGAGCGGUGGGAUGCAUCCGGGACCAGUUGCCAGCCACUCGCUGACAUCAUACAAGUGUUCAUAAUUCACACCUAUCGACAAUGUAGUGUUCGCUAGCCUAACGCGAUUUUGGAAUAUGGGAGAAUCCCAGAGUACGCCACACUUCUCCAACUUGGAACCACAAAACUGCGAGGCGGAUGUUCCGAUCACUAAGACCACCGUGCUUUCCUUCUACAAUGUGUUUGGAAAGAAUUUCUACGGCUUGGGUUGCAGGUUUGAAUAUGUAAAAUACACAAAUAUUCGGUCCAUCCUGUAUUUUCACGUCGUGAUUGUUAUAAUUCAAGACGGGCUCACAAUUAAAACAAAACUGCUGUCAAG